GGAGCGAGGGGAGGCUGCCGGGCGGCCUGAGGCGGGGGCCGCCGAGCGUCUGCGCCUGCGCCCCUCCCCUCCCCCGCGUGCCGACCGCAGGCGCCGGUCCUUUGUCUGAGCCCGCUCGCCUCGGAGGCGGCUGCGGCCGGGUUUCUUCUUCUGAGCCCCCUUCCGACCUACCAUCCUGAGACUUCCUUUCGGCCGGCGCCGCAGCUCCUCCGCGAACCGGAGGAGUCGGCGAAGGGCUAGAGCCAUCGCGGGCUCCGGGUCGCCGGCAGCCGGGUGGCGGAGUUCCUCCGAGGCUUCUCGGGGAAGAAGUUACACCCGACGGAGCCGGAUGGGCCUCGGAACCCUGGACCGUUCUUGUUCUGUAGCAUUGCAAGGGGAGCCGUAAAUCGAGCUUUUCUCACGUUCAGUGUAUCUUUGCCUGCCUACAUCAAUCUGCAAGGGAGUUGCAGAAAAGCCUCAUGUUCAUCGAGCCGUGAGUCACAACCAAUUUCUAAGCUGUUAUAACAAAAAAGUGUUUGCUUUUUUUCACAAGUAAUUUAAAAGUGUAGUUUAGAAAGAAAACAUUUUCAAUAAAAAAGACACUACAUUAAUCCUGGAUGCUUGCAAAUCCUAAAAUAUAGUCCUCCUUUAGUAUUACACAGCUCUGUGUCGUAUACACAGGUUAGCUUGAAACUUUGUCACAUACCACUUUGCCUUUACUUUUAUGUAUCAUUACCCUGACUUCCUUACUGCAGGUGUGGGCAAGAAAACUUUUCCUUUAAAACUUUUCAACAGCGGGCAUAAAAUUCUGCAGCUGAGGUCUUGAAGAAUGCAGAUGGGUACAGUAUGUGUUGGAGCUCACAGUGUGUAUUGACUAACCUAGUUCCUUUCUGCUUCUUUUUUUUUUUUUUUUUUUGGUAUUGAUAAAAGUGACUCCCAGGUGCCAACUCUCUUUUUUAAGGGUGGGGGCAAGAUGGGGAUGGUAAGAAUAGGUAUAGGUGAUUUAACAGGUGGAAUUUGGAAGCUUUCUUCUUCGUAUAAUUUUGGACAAAACACUGUCUAUGCAAUUGUCCGUAACAAAAAAUUAGAUUAAUAAAUAGCUUUUGUUGGUAGAAAAUACCAGUUAUAAGUCAUAUGUGGUGAUUCAUGGCCCUCUGAUUAGCAUGGGUGUUGGUAUCUCAUUCCCCACAUGUGUAUGUGGGACUAAUGGCCUUUUAGAGCUUGUCAGCCUUUUACUUCUGACUCUUUGACUUCCUUUGCGCAAUGAUGGAGUCAGAUCUCAUUAAGUCUGUUUCUUCAUAAUACACUUAGCAUCAAAAACAUCUGUAUUCUGUUCUACUUGUAAAUAUCUUUAGAUCAGUUUUUCAGUGUAUAUCGGGAGAACACAGAAAUUAUAGACUGCAAAUCCAGGUGAAUUGUUGUACCAGAUACCCUUUUGUGGUUAACACGAUAAUAUUGUCUUAUUUAAAACCACACAUGAAUUUCAGGAGACGAAACCAGACAGAGGGUCAAGUUCACAGAUGACCGUGUCUGCAAGAGUCACCUUCUGGACUGCUGCCCCCAUGACAUCCUGGCUGGGACGCGCAUGGAUUUAGGAGAAUGUACCAAAAUCCACGACUUGGCCCUCCGAGCAGAUUAUGAGAUUGCAAGUAAAGAAAGAGACCUGUUUUUUGAGUUGGAUGCAAUGGAUCACCUGGAGUCCUUCAUUGCUGAGUGCGACCGCAGAACGGAGCUUGCCAAGAAGCGGCUGGCAGAGACCCAGGAGGAGAUCAGCGCUGAGGUCUCGGCCAAGGCAGAAAAAGUCCACGAGUUGAACGAAGAAAUAGGAAAGCUCCUUGCUAAAGCGGAGCAGCUAGGAGCAGAAGGGAAUGUGGACGAAUCCCAGAAGAUCCUCAUGGAGGUGGAGAAAGUCCGUACAAAGAAGAAAGAAGCCGAGGAAGAAUAUAGAAAUUCCAUGCCUGCAUCCAGUUUUCAGCAGCAGAAGCUGCGUGUCUGUGAGGUCUGCUCGGCCUACCUUGGUCUCCAUGACAAUGACCGACGUCUCGCAGACCACUUUGGGGGCAAGUUACACUUGGGAUUCAUUCAGAUCCGGGAGAAGCUGGACCAGCUGAGGAAAACAGUGGCUGAAAAGCAGGAAAAGAGAAACCAGGAUCGCUUGAGGAGGAGAGAGGAGAGAGAGCGGGAGGAGAGGCUGAGCAGACGGUCUGGAUCAAGGACCAGAGAUCGCAGGAGGUCGCGCUCUCGGGACCGGCGUCGGAGGCGAUCGAGGUCUACGUCCCGUGAGCGACGCAAGUCUUCCCGGUCCCGGUCCCGAGACAGACACCGACGCCACCGAAGCCGCUCCCGGAGCCGCAGUCGGGGCCACCGCCGGGCCUCCCGGGACCGCAGCUCCAAGUACAAGUUCUCCCGAGAGCGAGUGUCGAGAGAGGAGUCCUGGGAGCGAGGGCGGAGCGAGAGGGGCACCGCAGACUGCAGGCUCGAGGGCUCCAACGGGAAGGCGGCCUCGCGGAGGUCAGAGGAGAAGGAGGCCGGCGAGAUCUGAGCUGCCUGGCAUGGUGGACAUAGUCUGACGAACAUCCAACAACCUCAAGUCAUCCUUUAUAUUUGCUGGCUACAACUCACCUUUUGUAGUUUAAACUUUCUGUUGUUUCGGAGCUAGCAGUGAGUUUCUAGACAUGUACAGAGUUGCUCCUUCUGUGUUUGGGGUUAUGUUGAGUAGGAAUAAAUAAACCUGACGGCUGCCUC